UUUUGUGCCAAUUAAAUUAUCGAAAAAAUUCAAGUUCAGAUUUAAACAAAAUGUUUGAGAAAUCUUAAACAUGAAGAGUAAUUUUGUGUUGAAUAAUUAAUAUUGAAAGUACUUAGAUGAUCUAAUUUGAAUCUUAAAAUAGGAAAAAUGUCUAAAAAUUUUUUAAAGAUUUUGUUUUUCUCAUAUAUCAAAUAGCUGAAUGUUAUGAUGAUGUCAAUUAAUUAUACAAAAUAUCUUUUGAUAGGUGUCAUAUCUUAUGGAAUGUGUAAUCAACCAGAAUGUAAUAGAUUUCUAAACCUGAGACGUUUUCUUUUAUAUAAUUUUAAAGUAGUCGAAAACACUGAAUAACAAUAAUCAAAUGCCUUGAUACUUGAGUAACAAUCGAAUUUGAGAGAGAAUGUCGGCACACGUCAUGUGCUUAACUUCUUCGGGAGGAAUCCCUCUAUUCACACGUCAGAAGGGAGACAGUGAUAUGAUGACAUUCUCAAAAAUUGCAUCGCUUAAUGGAGUUCAUAUGUUCUUGAAAUCUCAGGACAUUACUCUUCUGAGCACAGAUUUGCCAGAUGUGACAGUAGCAUGGAAGGAAUUUGAACAAUGUAUCAUAUUAAUAGCAAUCGCAAGUGGAGUAACAAAAUAUGUACUGGACAAGUUUCUGGAUACCACUUUUGGUGCAAUGGUUCUCUUCACUGGCAUUGACGAUAAAAAUACUAAGAAUAUAGAAAGACUCAAGAAGGAUAUACGUUUUUGCAAUCCUAUUAUUGAUAGAUUAAUGGAUUGCUUGGAUAUAGGAGAUAAAAUUUCCACGAAAACUGAUAUGAUUAACAUGACAGAAUGCAUCAUAUCAUCAGAGAGUCAUUUGCUUCAGACUUGUUUGGAAGGGUUUAUGGAAUGUCUGGAUUCAAUGUACGGAUGUAUUCUGGUGCACGGUUGCGUGGCAGCUGCUACAGAAGGCUGGUGGUCACUGGAUCCUGUAGAGAGGAAAUUAUUAACAAUAGCGAUUGCUUCUUGCCUUGAUCCAGGCGAGACGCAUUUCGCUACUGCAUCCUUUUCCCAUCCUCAUCGCGAAAAUCUUUACGACGUUUCGCAGCGACCGCUUUCGCAGUUUAUCCACUAUCGAGACCCGCGCGACGUUGCAUCCUUCGGAUCUUCCACCCUCGCUGUCGCCUUCGGCCUUUUUAUGCGAUGGUGGUGUCACAAGGCCCGCAUACUUUUCUUCAUUCCCGAGGGCUACGGCGAAUGUUCCACGGAACUGGUUUAA